AUGAAAGAGUUCCCCAAUUUCCUACAGUUCCAGGAUGAAUUGGAGUUGUUAUUUUUUUAUAAUAACAAAAUUCAAGGUGAAAUACCAACUUGGUUUUGGAACAACACUAACGAAAAUAUUCGAGAGGUCCAACUUGGGAACUACUUUCUGACAGGUUUUGAACAGCAUCCAGAUGUCAUUCCAUGGCGGUCACUUCUAAUUUUAGACCUCAGUUUUAAUAGACUGCAAGGAUCACUUCCAAUUCCACCACUGUCCACCAUUGUUUAUGAGGCCACUGGUAACUCGUUAUCCGGAGAAAUUCCACCAUCAAUAAUCUGCCACAAUAGUUCUCUUAAAUUUUUAGAUUUGUCUAAUAAUAACUUAGGUGGCACGAUUCCUCAAUGUUUGCCCAGUUUUAGUGAUUCUCUACUGGUGGUCAAUCCAAGUCACAAUAAUUUUCACGGCACAAUUCCUGACAUGACAGGGAUCAACUUGAAGAUGAUUGAUCUAAGUCAAAAUCAAUUACAUGGUCUAGUACCAAGAUCAUUGGAAAAUUGUACAAUGCUUGAGAUUCUUCUUCUUGGCAACAAUCAAAUGGAGGGUACUUUUCCCUCGUGGUUGGGAGCUCUUCCUAAGUUACAAGUUCUUAUUUUGCGAUCUAACAGAUUUCAUGGUGCCAUUAAUGUUUCUCAAGCCAAAUUAAAAUUUGCAAAAUUGCGCAUCAUUGACCUCUCUAACAAUGGUUUCUCAGGUAACUUACCGUCAGAAUACUUCGAAAACUGGAAUGCAAUGACAAUGGUCAAGAGAGAAAAGUUAACAUAUAUGCAGGCAAGUCAAGGAGUUCCAAUUGGAAUUGUAAAUUCAAGAUCGACAGCUCUAACUUUGUAUACGAGGCCUUACGUGUAUUCAGUAACAAUGGAUAACAAAGGCACCCACACAGUAUACGCGAAAAUCCAAACGGCCUUCAUAGCUAUUGAUUUGUCAAACAACAAAUUCGGAGGGGAAAUUCCUGAAUCUCUUGGAAGGCUCAAUGGGCUUCAGAUGUUAAAUCUUUCCAACAACAGUCUCACUGGUGUCAUCCCAUCAUCCUUGGCAAAUUUGACCGAGCUGGAAUCAUUGGACCUUUCGCAGAACUUGCUCUCAGGAGAGAUCCCUCAACAACUCUCCCAACUCACUUUCCUUGAAUUCCUAAACGUUUCUCACUAUUGUUUAUUUUUUGUUAAAAAAAUAAAAAAGACCGACCAAGCUAGGCCUAUUGCCUAG